UUCGUUUCACCAACAACGAUUAUCAAUUCUCCAGCUCCUGUCUCCUCCAAAGAGUAACAAUGAAACUGAUUUGCAUUUCAUUCGUAUUGGCUGUGUGCUUGGCAGUAGUUAGCGCUGGUCUUAUCGGUCAUCCCACUAUUGAAAUAAAUGCCGACAGCCCACCCCACUACGAGUUCCAAUACGCUGUGCACGAUGCCCACACCGGUGAUAUAAAGGAUCAAUUCGAACAUCGCCGUGGAGAGUAUGUAACUGGUCGCUAUUCGCUUGUCGAGCCCGAUGGCCAACGUCGCAUUGUGGACUAUAGCUCUGACCCAUUGUUGGGCUUCUCGGCCCAGGUUCGUCGGGAAUUGGUGGGUGUUCACGCUGCUGCACCCGUGGUCGAAGAGUGGCCAGCACCUGCCCAUCGUCGCUAAACUAGCUGACCAUAUUACACCUACA